AUGAACCACAGAAAAAGGGUGGCCGUUUUGUUCGGCGGUCGGUCUCCGGAACAUGAUGUAAGUAUUAUCACAGGACUUCAGGCACUAAAUGCUGUGGAUACAAUAUGCUAUGAUCCUUUUCCUGUGUAUGUAGAUUUAUCCGGUCAGUGGUGGUUUGGAGAGGAUCUGCGCCAGAGGUCUGAACAUUUACCAUUGGUGGCUUAUAAAGAUUCUUUAGAACCUAUUCUGCUGGAUCUAAUGCCUGGUAAGAAGGGACGAUUGCAUUUUCAAAAGAAGAGCUUUUUCAAAAAAAAGGCGCCUAUUUCUUUUGAUAUCGCAUUGUUGGCGUUUCAUGGGCUCAGCGGUGAAAAUGGGGAUAUCCAAGGGGCCUUAGAAACAGCAGGGAUUCCUUAUACGGGAACGCGUGUUAUGGACAAAGUUCUCACAAAAGAAGUAUUGCGCUCGAAAAAAGUUCCCCUUCUUUCUCAUAUGGUUGUGAAAAAGCCUGAUGAAGGUCUUUUGCUUUCUCAGGAGGCUUUAAAAGAGAUCUGCCAAAACUUGACGUUUCCAUGCUGUGUGAAGCCCCGUUAUUUGGGAAGCAGUAUCGGGGUUGCACGUGUGGAAAAUCCAGAAGAACUCAAUGCAGUUUUACCAAGUAUCUUUCAAUACGACACCCAUGCAAUGGUCGAGCCAUUUGUUGAAAAUUUAGUAGAAUAUAAUGUUGCUGUGCGGCGAAAUGCUGAAGGUGAUGUUGUUCUCUCUGCAAUUGAGCGGCCAAAGUGCAAUGAAGAGCUUUUGGAUUUUAAGCAAAAGUAUUGUGCCUCAGCAGGCUCAAAAACGGGAGUUAAAAGUCCUUCUUCUAAUAGUGAAGGAAUGUUGUCGCUAACGCGUGAUAUUGCGCCUAAGUUGGAUCCAAAAAUCACAGAAAUCAUUCAGCACUCCGCGAGGACAGUUUUCUCCUUAGCGGAAGGAACAGGUGUGCCCCGGAUCGAUUUCUUGAGUAAUGAAAAAACAGGCGAGGUUUGGUUCAAUGAAGUGAAUCCAUGCCCUGGGUCUUUCGGAUAUUAUUUAUGGGAGGCUGCAGGUCAGUCUCUUUUAUUUACAGAACUUCUAACUCACCUUUUAAAAGAAGCUGAAGUUCAUCAUGAUGUUACGAGGCUUCCCCUUGAUCCUAUCCCUGAAGGGGCUCGUCUUUUUCGUCUCUGA